AUGGAGCGUUCUUUCCUUCAAUCGCCGGAGGAGGUGCUGAAGUACUUUGGCGUCUCCGAGCGAUCUGGUUUGUCUAGUGCUCAGGUUUCAAGUUCAAGAAAGAAAUACGGUCCAAAUGCUUUGGCGGAAGAACCCCCAACCCCUCUAUGGGAGCUUGUACUCGAGCAAUUCAAAGAUCAACUCGUUCUUAUUCUUCUGGGCUCUGCAGCAAUCUCUUUUGUCCUUGCCCUUUUUGAAGAGAGCGACGACUGGACUGCCUUCGUUGACCCUGCUGUGAUUUUAACCAUUCUAAUCCUCAAUGCGAUCGUUGGUGUGACCCAGGAAAGCAGUGCGGAAAAGGCAAUUGCGGCGCUACAAGAAUACUCUGCAAAUGAAGCUACGGUGGUUCGGGAUGGGACCGUCCAGCGCGUCAAGGCUGAGGAUCUGGUUCCUGGAGACAUUGUUCAUGUUGCCGUUGGAGACCGUGUGCCAGCUGACUGCAGGCUCAUUGCUAUCCAUAGCAACAGCUUUCGGGUGGACCAGGCUAUCCUUACUGGCGAGAGCGAAAGUGUGUCGAAAGACGCUCGUUCGGUCAACGAUAAGCAGGCUGUCAAGCAAGAUCAAACCAACAUUCUGUUCUCAGGUACCACCGUCGUCAACGGAAAUGCCACAGCUAUCGUUGUCUUGACUGGCUCGUCGACCGCUAUCGGCGACAUCCACGAGAGCAUAACCUCGCAGAUAUCAGAGCCCACCCCCUUGAAGCAGAAACUGAAUGACUUUGGUGACAUGCUCGCCAAGGUUAUCACUGUCAUUUGUAUCCUGGUUUGGAUUAUCAACAUCGAACACUUUAAUGACCCGUCCCAUGGGGGCUGGGCCAAGGGCGCUAUCUACUACCUUAAGAUUGCCGUGUCUCUUGGAGUCGCUGCCAUUCCGGAAGGGUUGGCCGUUGUUAUUACCACUUGUUUGGCUCUCGGAACCCGAAAGAUGGCACAAAAGAAUGCUGUGGUUCGCUCUCUGCCUUCUGUUGAAACGCUGGGGAGCUGCAGUGUGAUCUGCUCUGACAAAACGGGAACCUUGACAACCAACCAGAUGAGCGUUGAAAAGAUAGUUUAUUUGAGCCAAUCUGGUGCUGAUGUGGAUGUUAUUGACGUUGAGGGCACAACUUUUGCACCGGAAGGCAAACUCUUAUCCAACGGCAAGGUCGUUACAAACUUGGCCGCCUCUUCUUCUACAAUCCUACAAAUGACCGAAGUCAUGGCUCUCUGCAACGGUGCAAAGAUCGCGUGUGACGAGAAGACCGGUGCCUUCUCGUGCAUUGGCGAACCUACUGAAGGAGCUCUGCGCGUUCUGGUUGAGAAGAUUGGUACUGAGGAUGCUGCUAUUAACAGCAAACUCGUCAACCUGCCCGCCUCGCAAAAACUCCAUCUCUCGAGUGGUCACUAUGAGGCUCGCCUGCCUUUGAAGGCAACUUACGAGUUUUCGCGUGACCGGAAAAGUAUGUCCGUUCUUGUUGGCACUGGAAAGGAUCAACGACUUCUGGUCAAGGGUGCACCGGAGUCUAUUCUCGAACGGUGCUCGUACGUUCUUCUUGGAGCGAAUGGCCCGCGUGUGCCCCUUACCAAGACUCACUCUGAUCUCCUGUCUACUGAAAUCGUGGAAUACGGAAAUCGCGGUCUUCGUGUGAUUGCAUUGGCCACUGUGGAUGAUGUAGCCGCCAAUCCCCUUGUCAAGAAGGCCAAAACGUCUGAAGAAUACGCACAGCUCGAACGGAACAUGACUCUGAUUGGCCUUGUCGCGAUGCUUGACCCCCCUCGCGUAGAAGUCGCUGACUCUAUCAAGAAGUGUCGGGAGGCUGGAAUCCGAGUCAUUGUCAUUACCGGUGACAGCAAGAAUACUGCCGAAUCGAUCUGUCGUCAAAUUGGUGUCUUUGGAAAAGAGGAGAAUGUCCAGGGCAAGAGUUUCACUGGGAGGGAGUUCGAUAGCCUUACCCACAGUGAGCAGCUUGAGGCUGUGAAAACGGCCUCUCUCUUUUCGCGAACCGAACCUUCUCACAAAUCCAAGCUCGUGGAUCUUCUCCAGUCUCUUGGUCACGUCGUUGCAAUGACUGGUGAUGGUGUCAAUGACGCGCCUGCUCUGAAGAAGUCCGAUAUUGGCGUCGCCAUGGGCACCGGUACUGAUGUUGCCAAGCUUGCUGCCGAUAUGGUCCUUGCUGAUGAUAACUUUGCCACCAUCACCGUUGCCGUUGAAGAAGGACGGUCGAUCUACAGCAACACUCAGCAAUUCAUUCGGUACCUUAUCUCGUCCAACAUUGGAGAGGUUGUGUCAAUCUUCUUGACCGCCGCCUUCGGUAUGCCUGAGGCCCUGGUCCCUGUGCAGCUUCUGUGGGUCAACCUGGUCACGGAUGGUCUGCCUGCCACUGCUCUUUCCUUUAACCCCCCUGACCAUGAUGUGAUGCGCCGACGCCCAAGAAAGCGCGAUGAGCCUCUUGUUGGCGGCUGGCUCCUCUUCAGGUACAUGGUCAUUGGUACUUAUGUCGGUGCGGCAACUGUCUUUGGUUACGUCUGGUGGUUUCUUUACAACCCAGGAGGCCCUCAGAUUUCCUUCUGGCAAUUGUCUCACUUCCAUAAAUGUUCCGCCGACUUCCCUGAAAUUGGCUGCGAAAUGUUUACAAACGAAAUGUCGCGGUCUGCGUCGACAGUUUCGCUCUCGAUCCUUGUCGUGAUAGAGAUGUUCAACGCAAUGAAUGCUCUCUCGUCUAGCGAAUCACUCUUUACUUUUGGUCUUUGGAACAACAUGAUGCUCGUUUACGCCAUUAUCCUCUCUAUGGCACUCCACUUUGCGAUCCUAUAUAUCCCCUUCUUGCAAGGGCUAUUCGCCAUUAUUCCGUUGAACUGGAUCGAGUGGAAAGCGGUCUUGGCCAUCAGUGCCCCUGUCAUUGUCAUUGACGAGCUUCUCAAGGUGGUGGAGCGUCGCUUGUAUAACAUUACCGCUGUCGCUCCUGCCGAGCAAUCAAAUGGAGCCGCAUCGAAGCCUAAGAAAGCAUAA